GUUAGGCGCUAACCUUAGGAUGGCUAAUUUAGCUCAGUGGCUUGUAUGCUAAAACGCUUUAACGCCGAAUGAAUCAUAUACAAAAUAGCAUACUUUGGCGGAUAAUAAUUAUCGAGACGGCCGUGGUGUAACUGUAAAACACAUUAAGAGACUACAUACCAUGGUUUAAAUUUGAGACCACCGAUUUGUGUGGAACUUUCUCCCGUUCCCCUCGUGUAGCGAUGUGAUUACUGGUGACGUAAUCAAAACUCGACACGUUUUCUGCGUAUUUUCCGGUAUGCUAAUGCUUAACAGACUAAGGUACAAGGUAGAUGCAGUGUUCAAUAGCAUAGAUUCAUGACAUUUCUACAUCUGUAGUCUUGCUUUGUGUAGCUGUGCUAUUGCAAGCGGUGUCUUAUGAACGUGUUGUGACGUGCAUCUCGAUAACCGCCAUGGGUCGGCGUUGAGCUUUCUGAAAUUACGCUGACAUUGUUGGCUAACUGGGCUAGCUGUUAGCAUUGUGCAGUCGUUCGCUGGGCAAAUUAUUGCUACUGUAGCAGUUUAUCGACACGAUGCUAACAGUUGUUAACAUUAGCCUCCAGCUUUACCUUGGGCUCCAGGUGACAAUAGACCAGAGAGAAGAUUGAUGAUCCAGGUGUUUUCUGGCGUUUGAAACGUAAUUCAAGCAACAGUUCGGUAAAUUUAACUAAAGCUGACCCGUUUGGAUAUGUUAUUUAGUUAGCUAUGUUGUUGUUUAUAACAGUGGCAGCGGAUUACAUUGUCUAACGUCAGUAACGUCACCAUCAUCUAGACUGAUGUUGUUGGAUGGGAUUUAGAGUAACUAGACUUUAAUUGACCUGGUUUAUUUUGACUUUGACAGUUUGUCAGGGCAAAACGGACGCUUGUGAAAGUUGUAUGACCAUUUCUUAGACAAGUCGUUCAUGCAUAUUUCAGUGCUGUGGAUUACAUGUAGUUCUUCCAUCAGCCAACACUUCUCCAAGGAAACUUGACUAGUACCCUGGUGAGUGGCAGUUUUCCUUUGAGCACGGAGGGGUCUGAGUGAAGGCUGAAAGAUGGUCUGAUGGACCGCCGCUUCUUCCUGACCUUCCUCGUCUGCUCAGUGUCGUGGAUCUUCUUCUGGGAAGUACGCUGGAAGAAAGGAAAAGAGAGUCAGAUUGAGGAAUGGCUCCAAGGACAUAGCCUCUCUCAAUACAGGCACUUGUUUGAAGAUGUACAGACACUGGAGGAACUGAGUCUGAGUGUACUGAGUCGUCUGGAAGAGGUGGUAAAGGAACAGCAGCGCUGGAGGGAAAUUGCAGAGGCCCAUAUCCUGCUGUUUAGAGACUUUGCCUUCCAGGAGUGGCUUUGCUCCCAGAACCUGGAGCACUAUUACCAUACACUGAAGACCUUGCGUUGUAUGAAUCUGGAUGAUCUAUCCCAUUUUGACAGUCAGCUGCAGCUGUCUCUAGCUGCUUGGGGAUACUACUACGAAGACUACAUAAAGUUGUCUAAAGGCAUCAGGAUCCUCCAGAACUCCAGGGGGAGUCGUGACCAAGACUACGAGAUCCGGCUGGUGCACAGCCUUGCUGUGAGGCGUCUGAAUGAGAAGUGGACGAUUGCGGGAGCUCUCAUAUUUGGCUGUACUGUGGCGCUGUGCUUCUUGAUAAGGGACCUCAUGUUUUACGUGAUUGGUGGAAUUACUGUUUCCAUCAUAGCGUUUGUCUUCACCAUCAAGUUCCUCUGUGAGCUUGCAGCGCGGGUGGUCAGCUUCCUGCAGAAUGAGGAUCCAGGGCGACGCGGUGACCGCAGCAUCUACGACUAUGUCCGGGGCAACUACCUUGACCCACGUUCCUGCAAGGUGUCAUGGGAUUGGAAGGAACCGCAGGAAGUGGGGCAGACUAUGAGCUUCAGAGUCCAGCUGUUCUAUAAGAAUGGGCAGCCUUUUCCGGCCCACCGGCCUGUGGGGCUGAGGGUCAACAUCACCCACAUCGAAUUGGCUCUGGACAUCCCUGUUACACAGGAGGUUCUGCAAGAACCAGAGUCUAAUGUAGUCAAAGUGGCCUUCACAGUGCGCAAGGCUGGACGCUAUGAGGUUGCUGUCAAGCUCGGGGGCCUCAAUGUGGCCUACAGCCCUUAUUACAAGAUAUUUCAGCCAGGUACAGUUGUCCCAUCCAAAACCAAGAUAGCCUACCAUUUCUCCACCCUGGUGCUAACAAAUGGCCAGCAGCACACUUUGCAGAUUGAACCCAGGGACGAGUAUGGCAACCCCACCAGUAACUCCACAUCUCUCACAGAUGAAGCCAACUACAGCGUCCACGUGCACUCUCUGGGCACGGUGGAUGAUGACGGUGUGGAGGAGUACUACAGUAAGUCAGUGUCGCUCAACAAGCAGCAGUGCCAGGUUCUGCUGCGACUGGUUCUGAGGAAGACCGGCUGUUUCAGGGCCCGCAUCUCCUACAAGGACCAGCCGCUCAGCAACGGGGAAUUUGACAUUAUUGUUCUCAGUGAGAAUGAGAAGACCUGUGUGGAGAAGAAUGUGUCCACUCCAGGCAUAAGUAUCUACUUUGAGGCAUACCUUUACAGCAAUGGGAACUACAGUUCCUCGUGGCAGUUACCAGCCUCCUCUUUCCUGGCUCCUCAGAGGAGGCCCUCCAUGGGAGAAGAGGAGGAUGAGCAUGACUCUCCUGUGGAGGGACAACCUGAGAAGGUCAAGAAACCAAAAAAGGUCUACUGUUACAUAUCGCCAAAGCAACUAUCCGUGAAGGAGUUCUACCUGAAAAUUAUUCCGUGGCGCCUUUUCACCUUUCGAGUAUGUCCAGGAACGAAGUUUACCUAUUAUGGUCCUGACCCGGUUCACAAGAACCUAACCCUAGUGGUGGAUGAUGGGAUACAGCCUCCUGUGGAGCUCAGCUGCAAAGACAGAAACAUCAUGGCUGCCACCUUCAUUCGCUUCCUGCACAAGAACAUUGGUGGCUCUGAAACCUUUCAAGACAAGGUGAACUUCUUCCAACGUGAGCUCAGGCACAUCCACUCCAAGAGACCUCGCACCAAGACCUGCCUAAAAAUCACUCGGCACUCCCUUCUGGACUCAUCCCUGAAGGCUACCAGGAACUUCUCUGUGUCAGACUGGAGUAAGAACUUUGAGGUUGUGUUUCAGGAUGAGGAAGCUCUGGACUGGGGAGGGCCUCGCAGGGAGUGGUUUGAGCUGGUGUGUAAGACCCUCUUCGACACCUCCAACCAGCUGUUCACGCGCUUCAGUGACAACAACCAGGGCCUGGUGCACCCAAACGCUGACCGGCAACCCCAACUGCGUCUUAAGAUGUAUGAGUUUGCAGGUCGCAUCGUAGGGAAGUGUCUGUAUGAGUCUGCCCUGGGUGGGGCCUACAAACAGCUGGUCCGUGCUCGCUUUACACGGUCCUUCUUGGCCCAAAUCAUUGGCCUCCGGAUGAACUACAAGUACUUUGAGACGGAUGACCAGGAGUUCUACAAAACUAAAGUCUGCUUCAUCCUAAACAAUGACGUGAGUGAAAUGGACUUGGUGUUUGCCGAGGAGAAGUACAGCAAGUCAGGACAGCUGGAAAAGGUGGUGGAGCUGAUAUCAGGGGGUUCUCAAAUCUCUGUUAACAAUGAAAACAAGAUGCAUUAUCUCAACCUGCUGGCCCAGUACAGACUAGCUAGCCAGGUGAGAGAGGAGGUGGAACACUUCCUGAAAGGUUUGAACGAACUGGUUCCAGAAAACCUGCUAGCCAUAUUUGAUGAGAAUGAGUUGGAGCUGUUGAUGUGCGGCACCGGUGAUAUAAACGUGCAGGACUUCAAGGCCCAUGCUGUGAUUGUCGGAGGAUCGUGGCACUUCAGAGAGAAAGUGAUGAAGUGGUUCUGGGCCGUGGUGUCCAGCUUCACCCAGGAGGAGUUGGCUCGUCUGCUGCAGUUCACCACCGGCUCCUCUCAGCUCCCCCCUGGAGGAUUCAACACCCUUUGCCCCUCCUUCCAGAUAAUUGCUGCGCCCACACACAGCACCUUGCCCACUGCACACACGUGUUUUAACCAGCUGUGCCUCCCUACGUAUGACUCCUAUGAGGAGCUGCACAAGAUGUUGAAGCUGGCCAUCAGUGAGGGCAGUGAAGGCUUCGGUAUGCUCUGACUCUCCCAUCACUGGCACUGUGGUUCCACUUGUACAAGAGGAGACCAGCACUGCCCACUCCAAUGCACCAGUUUCCUGCAUUCAUCUGCAUUUAACAGUGGGCUUCUUGGG